AAGAUAAGGACUCCAGGAAUACAAUAAACCUUUAAAAAGGGAAUUUAUGAAAUAUAAAGUUUUACUCAUUUUGGUUACUCAUUGGGUUAACUGAUGCUGGAUUGAAAUUAGUAUGAAUAAAAUGAGAUUGAAGGUAAUAUGCAUGUUUUGCUCAUUGUUGAAGGUCGUACGGUGACAAAUAGUUGUUAACUUCUCUGUCCUUUUGUCUGAUGGAGAGUUGUCUUAUUGGCAAUCAUACCACAUCUUCUUAUUUUUAUAUGUAUUGCUAUACGUUAAGCCAUGUUGUAUAUAAUACUGUUACUAUUUAUUUUGUUAGGAGUAAUCCCUACAAUAGCUAGUGUCUUGUACAAUCAGAAGGCAUCAAUAUCUGUUGACAGUGUAAUAAAGCAAGAUAUAGAGAAUGGAAUUCUUGACGACCAUGUAACAUUUACUGUCAAACUGUCAAAGAAUGAUGGCAACACCAUUGAAAACAACAAAGAAGAUGGCAACAUAAUUGAACAUAACAAAGAACUUGUCUGUAUCAAACCAACGUUCCCUAAGCAAACAAUAGUUCAAGCUAAACAUUUUUGUAACAUAUUUCCAUACCAUCUGAUUUUUGACGACAACUUCGUUAUUAAGCAAUGUGGUUCAAUGAUACAAAUCCUCCUGAAAACAAAGAUGGAGAGAGGAUCCAGUUUAACGUCAUUAUUUGAACUAACUUAUCCCAGAGUCGAUUUCACCCUAUCCAAUUUGAUGGCAUUCAUCAAUAGUGCAUUCAUGAUGACAUCUGUAAAGAAAAGAAACGGACACAGUCUAGUUCUUAAAGGUCAAAUGCGAUGGAUGCCAGAUAUAAACCACAUGAUAUAUAUCAGCUCACCGUGUAUAUCAAGUCUUCAGGAACUGAAGGCGAUGGACCUGUACAUAUCUGAUAUACCAUUGUAUGACGUCACAAGAGAACUGAUAUUGCUAAACCAACAACGAAUGGCUGAAAUGGAAAUAGCGUAUUUAGAUUUUUUAUAAGUAUAAAAAAAACCCAGCCCGAGUCAGAUGUUAAAAACAAAUAAUGAUGAAUAUAAAGUAUAAACUAUUCUUGCUUUUCGAAGCAUACAUAAUCUAACUGUAAUAUGCCAUUUUAUAAUGCAAAUAUCAAGUAAUGAUAUAUUUUCACCUACAUGUGCUCAAUAUGUUAUACUAAAGAAAAAAAUAUAUCACUAGGUACUGUCUUUAACAGGUAGAAGAAUAUUCCAAUAUUCAUAGGAAAAUUAUAAAUAAAAUUGAUCGCUUGAGUCUUAUAAAAACAAAUGGAUUACAACAGUAUUAUGGAGCGCAAAAAGAAAUUCCAAUCACUGGAUCUACAUUUGUAAUUACUUGAAAUGAUUUACUCUAGCUUUCCAGCCUUUACAUGAUGUAAUUUUCAUAGUCUUACUAGGAAUAAAUCUUAUAUUUUACAAAUUAUAUACUGAAAAAAGUUAGUGGUAAAUGCGCUAUGGUAGAGAAGCACAGUAAACGGUUUAAAAGUCGGGUAUAACUAUCUACAAAUACACCGUUAAAUGUUAUGUGUACGAAAGAUAAGAUAUAUUCCAUCAUAGUAGAACUUGACAGAAUACAUUUUUAAAUAUUCCGAUUACGUGAGGUAAUGUUUAUGUUCAUAAUUCUAACUGAUCCAUGCUUCCAGUUCAACAACACAAAAUUCCACAGAAUUCCGCAUUUUCCUUUUGUUAUCAAGGAUUUAUAGUGUAAAUCCAUAAUGUUAUGGUGUGGUAACGAAUAAAGAUGCUGACUAUGUGUUAUGCAAUGAAUUUAAAUGCGUGAUAAUUUGUUUGCAUGUGAAGUUAAUUUGUACAAUUUCAGAGGACGUUUUCGCUGAAAGUAGAGACAGGAAGUCAAUGAUUUAAAGAAAAUAUAGUGAAGUAAAAAUCAAAUAAAUUUGUGCAAUUGGCGCAGUUGUAUGCCAGUUUUAAGCGCAAAUAAAACCAAUAAUUUACAUAAUGAAGUAGCACAAAAGUAGCAUUGUCGCAAAAAAAUUGUAGCGCAUAUGAACGCAUUUUUGGCGCAAGCCAAACGGAUACCGCCCUCUUUACCUUCACGAUGCAGUUAUUUUCGUAAAGGUUUUUGUCAUAUUAACCCUCAAGAUGUAAUAUAUGAUUUCUUUCAAAAUGAAUGCGAUUAAACUAUACAUGUUUGCAUUCGAAAUGAAUUAUUGGUUAUAACUUUUACAAUACACGUUUUUUCUUUUAAAGAUUAAAAACCCGUAAAAUGACCACUUUCUAUUUUAAUGCCAACGAAAACUCCUUUUAUAAAAACUGACAAGAAGCUGGAUUAAUUUGUGUGUAUGUGUCAAAUAUCAAUACGCUUUCUAUUGAAUUUGCAAUAUGCGUUUAUAUCUAUAUAUUUCGUGAUUUUAUUAAAGAAAAAAACUCGACGAGACAACUGCAGAUUUAACAAAAAUGUCAAAAGCUCUCGAAAUUGAAAAGAAGAAGACUGAUGAAUUAUUACAUGAAAUGUUGCCAACCAAAGUUGCUACCGAGUUAUUAGCUGGUAGAACCGUAGACGCAGAAAAAUUUGAAAACGUAACUAUCCUGUUUAGUGACAUAGUGACUUUCACCAAUAUAGCUUCUGCGUGUACGCCAAUGGACAUUGUUAAUCUUCUCAACAAUUUAUAUCAGAGGUUUGAUAACCUAACAACUGUACAUAAUGUGUAUAAGGUUGAAACUAUAGGCGAUGCAUAUAUGGUUGUAAGUGGUGUACCCACCAGAACAACUACACAUGCAGAAAAUGUUGCCAAUUUCUCUCUUGACAUGGUCAACGAAGCAGGCAAAGUACAGUCUCCCGCUACAGGACAGUCCAUUCAGAUCCGGGUUGGAUUCCAUAGUGGAUCAGUUGUCGCAGGUGUUGUUGGGCUGAAGAUGCCACGCUAUUGCUUGUUUGGCGAUACUGUCAACACUUCGUCCAGGAUGGAAAGUCAUGGUAUACCAGCUAGGGUUCAUGCAAGUCCACAGUCUGCAAAAUUAUUGAUUGACAAGGGGUACGUUUUCAGAGAUAGAGGGAAAAAUAAGAUUAAAGGAAAAGGACUGAUGAGCACCUACAUUUUGAUCAACAGAUCCGGUCAAACAUACAAGGAACCCGACGAUGCUUUCUGCAAAAUGCCUUUAGCUAAAACUGUUGAUUUGGACAUUGAAAUUGAAGUAUUACCAGAUAAAACCAAUGUAGUAAAGGAGCGAUCUAAAAGCCAGAUUCAGAGCCCAACAGUGGACAAACCAGCAGAACGUCCAAAAAGUCGGUCAGUUAUUGUAACCAGACCAAUACCGAUAUCCAGAAGACAACCCCCACUACAGAAACAAAACAGCUCGACUUGUAUGCUGAGUUAAUUUCUUGUAUCAACUUCAAUACUUGAAUACUAGACAAUUUUCAGAUGAGUUAAUGAAAUAGGCUAUCCACCUAGAUUGAAAUGACGCCCAAAUAUUUGUCUCACAAAUUCUAUUUAGUGUUAUACGAACAUCCCGAGACUGUUUUGUAUGUAAAGUAAAUUCUUAAUUUAUUUAUUGUCCAUUUAUAUCAUUAUCCAUUUGCACGAAAUUAAAGAGACUGCAUAAUAUGUUUGAUGUGAGUGGUCAUUUGUUAAUCACAAAUAAUGAAUUCAAAUGACAAAAGCUGUAGAAAAUAAGUAUAUCAGUCCGGUUAAUAUAUAAAUUAACAGUAUUUUGAUUAGUAUACCACCGCUUGUUAUAUUCCAUUCAAUGUUUCUUCAAUUAUUCUGAGGAUGAUUUCUUCAAGCUGAUACUACAUUUUUCAUUUAAAUAGACAAUUUAAUGUAAAAAUUAGAAAAAAGGAAAUGUUUUGAAUAAAACCAAAUUUAUAUUUAAGAAAUCGGUAAUGUAAAGUCGGGAAAAGGUCUGAGCUUAAAUGUGCAUUUGUUGUCUGACCAAAAAGUUAAAAUAAUUAAUCUUUUUUGAAAUUUUCUUGCCUGGUUAUGAAUGUUUAAUCAUGUGAUAUAUGUUGUUGACCGUAUACAAUUAGAUUCGGGCAUCACCUCAAAACGCUGUAUUGUGUACCAUUUAACAAAGAGGUGAACAACUUUAAACAUGAACCCUUACAGAAACUUGGUGCGAUCACAUGUGCCUUGGAAGGGUAAGCAAAUUACUACAAUGUGACAUCCGUCAUGUUGUUCAUUGGAAACACAAAUUCGGUAAUAAGUCUCAUUGGUGAUUUCGCAAUCAAGGAAAAUAGGACGGAAUUAUGGUUACGACAAUUUAAACAAAAUAAUAUUCGUGGUCAUCAUUCGAUACAGAUAUUCCAUAACGGCCAGUCAACUCGUUAUGGCGUCUGUAAAGCUUUCGAAGAAGCGACUUUAGCUUUAUCACUUGGAAUCCUCUUUAUAAGCAGCAACCCUGUAUUAAGUUAAUUAUGAUAGGGAACAUAUAAAGGCGCUGCUGGAAUGUUGCUUCAAAGAAAUUAAAAGUUCACAAUUGGAAAGCUGAAAUCUUUGUAGAAUUUGUUCAUCAAAAUUUGUGGUAUUACCAGCUUCCAUAAUGUCCAGUACAAAACAAAUGCCUUGUCAAACUCAUUAAAACAAACCAGUAGCUGAUCUAUGUUCUCCUAGCUAAAUUCCUACAAUCAACUUCUGAUAGCAGUAUAAUAAAAACGACCUGUAUGUAUAUUAAGUUGGCAUUGUGACCAUUACAUUUGUUUCAAUCUUGUCGUAAAAGUUUAGCUAUAAAGCAUUUUUUGGUGACGGAAUUUCAAGUAAAUCUUGCAUGUUCUUCUGUAGGAUUGUGUGUGGCCAUACCUCUAAUGUUUUCAGUUUUUGGUUUUGCCUUUUCGUAGUUUGAAUAUGUUAAUACAAAGCUAGUUAAUGUUUGAAUUCAAUAAGGAAUUCAAAUAGUUAGAUCUCUUAAAAUUAUUCCUCCAAAUGUUUGUAAGUUCGAUAUCUGUUGUAUUUACUAGAUAGUUUGAUGUAGAACGGCAAUCUGUAAAAUAUGCGGUUUUUACAUUGUUCUUCAUUUAUACUGAUUUGGUUUGCAUUGUGAUUCAUCUGUUGUUCAUAUGAAUAUGUAGAUCUAGAACAUGUGAACAUUUCAUUGUUUAAAUUAAGCGUCGAUGUUUGUACUCACAUGAUAUUGUUGACUUGGCUUAUAUUUGUCUCUAAAUUAAAUGCAUACUCAUCUAAAUCGACUAUCUCUGUUUCUUUAUCCUAUCCCUCCAAUACCUAAAUAUUUUCAUCAUCCAAUUUCCUUAGAAGUUCCUGUUUUCUUCUGAGUAUGUUCAAACUUUUUGAAAGUUCAUCUGUGUCACAGCUUUCAU